UGCCGUGCGUGAGCGUGCGUGGGCGCGUCGGCCGGCGAGGGAGCCGCAAACGGCCGGCGGCGGGCGCCGCGCAGGGGGCGGGCGGCACGGAGUAGGCGGCGGCGGCCAUGGCCGAGGCGUCGCCGCAGCCCGGACGGUACUUCUGCCACUGCUGCUCCGUGGAGAUCGUCCCGCGCCUGCCGGAUUAUAUCUGCCCAAGAUGCGAGUCUGGUUUCAUCGAGGAGCUUCCGGAAGAGACCAGGAGCACAGAAAAUGGCUCUGCCCCCUCUGCAGCCCCCACGGACCAGAGCCGGCCGCCAUUGGAGAACGUGGACCAGCACCUGUUCACGCUGCCUCAGGGCUACGGACAGUUUGCUUUCGGCAUCUUUGACGACAGCUUCGAGAUCCCCGCGUUCCCUCCUGGGGCACAGGCUGAUGACGGCAGGGACCCUGAGAGCCGGCGGGAGCGAGAGCACCAGUCCCGGCACCGGAUCAUCCAGCAGCUCGUUAAUGGCAUCAUCACGCCCGCCACCAUCCCCAGCUUGGGUCCUUGGGGAGUUCUGCACUCAAACCCUAUGGACUACGCCUGGGGGGCCAAUGGCCUGGACGCCAUCAUCACACAGCUCCUCAAUCAGUUUGAAAACACGGGCCCCCCACCGGCAGAUAAAGAGAAAAUCCAGGCCCUCCCCACCGUCCCCGUCACUGAGGAGCACGUAGGCUCUGGGCUCGAGUGCCCCGUGUGCAAGGACGACUAUGCGCUGGGCGAGCACGUGCGGCAGCUGCCCUGCAACCACCUGUUCCACGAUGGCUGCAUUGUGCCCUGGCUGGAGCAGCACGACAGCUGCCCCGUCUGCCGAAAAAGCCUCACGGGACAGAACACGGCCACGAACCCCCCAGGCCUGACUGCAGUGAGCUUCUCCUCGUCGCCGUCCUCCUCCUCCUCCAGCUCGCCCAGCACCGAGAACGCCACAAGUAACUCCUGAGCCCGCGUCAGCUGGCGCCCGAGGCUGCAGGGAAGGUGCGGGCCUUUCCCCCACCCUCAGCCGGCGCCACGUGGCACCCGCAGACCGGGUGCCCCAGCGGUGCUGCUCUUGGCUGGUCAGCACUGCAGGCCCGGCCUGUUCCAGGGCAAGACCCGGGCCUGGCCCACCGGCCCCCUGGCUUGGGAAGGCGUGGGCCACACGGUCCCCUCUGGGGCACCCCAGCCUCCCCGUCCUCUGUCUAACCUCACCCUCUAAACGUUCAGCGGCGGAAAGAUUUUUAUAAUUUUAAAUUAUUACUGCUUUGAAAUAAAUGGACGUUUUAGCUCAGAUGGCGGCCAUGCAUGAUCUGUGGCAAGACGGGGCCCAGCUGCUCCACCAGCGCUGCGAGCACCGCCAGGACAGGCUGUGUGGGCCCCCAGCCUCCACCUCGGCUGCCUCCACGACCCAGAGUUUGGGGGCUCGGGACCAUGACGAUGACCAGCAAAAUUCAAGAACAAAACUGCUCCAGCGGACUUUUUUAAAGGAAAAAAUAUGUGUAUCUUGAAAGCUAUUUAAAAUACACCACUUACAAAGAGAA